ACAUAUAUAUACUUCAAUUCCAUUCAAGCUUAAACUGCAUAUUCUGUUUUGUGUGGGUAAAGGGGGCCCUGGUUAGUUCUCUUUGUGGUAGAUAGGUGAUCGACGACGAAAGCCAACAAAACCUUCAUUUUUCUUUCUCCUUCAUAAGUCUCAAGUCUACAAGUAGUUCAAAUAGCCCUAGAUUUUGUGCUUUCUAGUCUAUCUUGAACCUCCGGAUCGAGUACUUUCCCAUCUCAUCAUGUCCAUCAUGUCUUCUCUUUUCUUCACCCUUCUGUGUUUUUCUUCCAUGCAUGCAAAUUCUGAGGCUCGCUAUAUUGGACUUGGCCGCAGCCAUAAGGGUUUUCUCGCACUGUUCCCUCAUUCGGACAAGGGUCAGUUUCUAGUUGUGGAAAAGUUGAGGCUUGGAAUAGAUUCGAGUACGAAAGGGUCGGUACUAGUUAAGCAGGAUGAUGAUCUAGCUGGUGAGCAGACGGGUAAUCAUGGUGGAAUUGUCAGUAGUAGUAGUAGUAGUACUACUACUAAAGGUACAAAGGAUUACUCAAGAACUAGUACUAGUACUACUACAAAAUCAGAUGUUGUUGUUCCAGAUGUUAAGCCUCAUGUUUCAGCUUCUUGGUCUGUGCCGCAUCAGAUUAAAAAUCGCGACACGAUCAUCAACACUGGUGACAAAAGUAGUAGUAAUCCUGGGAUUUACUCGGAUUAUUCAAGACCAAGAACGCGUCCUCCCUCCCAUAACUGAACUUCUCUAGCUCUUUUUUGAUUAUUUAUCGCUAGAUCAUUACUUAUUUCCUUCUCUAAAUCAUAUAUACGAGUAUAUACACGUCUUAAAGCUAGCUUUCCUAAGUAUUUACAGAAAAGGGCCUAGGAAAUUUAUCUGAUCUAUCUCUGAUCAGGACUCAGCUGUGUGUAUUCUGAAUUUCUGAUAGCUAGCUAGUUCACCAAUAUUGAGCAUAAUUGUUCCCCAGAUUCAUAAACGCCCAAAAGUUAAUAUUAUGAUUUUCUUAUUUUGGUUUUUGUUGUUAUUCAUUGAUAGGGAAAUUGGAAUACGCAGGAAGUGAGAUUUUUGAGUCUUCUAGUUCUACUUCUGCUCACAUGGGUUUGCAUAAAGAUAAAGCAACAACUACUAUCACUAAGGAAUCAAGAAGGAGAGGGCUAUAUGCUAAAGAAAGACAGACUAACAAAGUAGAAGAUGAUGAUGAUGGUGUGGUGCUUGACGAUUAUAAGCCACCACAUCAGACACCUCCCAUUCACAACAGAAGAACUUGAUCUAAUUGGUGGUGAUAUAUGUUGGAAUAGCAAUUCAUUAUAGAGAUAAUAUGGUUUUUGGAUGGUGGGAUACGACUGGCGUACAACUACGAGUCUAGGCAUUACUUUGUUGAUCG